AUGGAAGCUGGUGUAAUGUAAGUUUUUGUGGGGUUUUUGAUUUUGGUUUUAGGUCGUGAAAGGAAUUUGAAGAUAUGCAACUUAAAUGUUAUUUGAGAGAUAAGAUAUCGAACUCGAUUUUUGUUGAUGAAACAUUCUAAAAAGCUGAUAUUUUUUAAAAGAAGAUUUGAGGAAAUUUAACGUGUGAAGUUAAACUUGUAAAUCUGUAGCUUCCCUUUAAAUAUAGGUAGAAUUUUAAAACUUUAACGUAAUUUUCAUUAUUUAUUGUUUAAUUUUCAGGAAGUUGUUAAUAUGUGUGUUAUUGCUGUGGGUAGGGCCAUGUUUCGGCAAUCAUGAGCAGCAAGACCAUUUAUACGGAGUAAAUUAUGAAUCUUUUCUCACACAAAUCAACUCUUCGAAACGUGUACCUCAUUACAUAGAUGCACAUGGUAAAGAAGGGACGAAUUUUAAUUUGGAUGAGAAUGGAAUGCCUUACAUCAUAUGUGAAGUAGGUAUUUUUGAUUUUAUUUUGGUUUUUAGGUAACUAGAAGAUGUGUAUUUGAACUUUGAAAAGUUUAAGUUUAUUGUUAAUGGAUUUGAAGGUAUUAAAAUCAAUGUUUUCUGCUUAAAUAUAAAAAAUCAAAUUUUAGUCCUUGAACAACACCUGCAACGGAACAGAAGAGGAAUGCACUCAACCAAUCCGUUGCUACCAAGAACGUCGAUCUCACCGUCUUGGCUGUAUGGCGGUGUUUGUCUAUAACACAACCGAAUUGUCCAAGAUGCCAGAGAACAAACGAAUCCCUCCAGAAGCGGCAAUGCUGAAAGGAUGUUGGACUCAAGAUGAAUCAGAACUGAGAGAAUGUGAAGAACACAGUGAAUGUGUGGCCAAUACAAGAAAGACUGGCACUUACGGGAGAGCGGCCAAGUUUUGUUGUUGUAGGACACAUCAUUGCAACCGGAAUUUGACAUUCUAUUCUGAUGUUGUGCCUAAGAACAUCAUUGUUUGUGAGUUUUUGUGUUUUUAAAAAUUUUUGAAAAAAAAUUACAGAUCUUUUUAAAAAUUAAAUUUUAAAUGAAUUUUAGAUGCCAAAUUUAAUCUAUAGGUAUAUAUAACAAUAUAAAACCUUAACUACCAUAUUUCAGCUGAUCCCCGCUUUGUGUUCUUCGACAACGUUCAUUGGCUCAGUCGAUUCCUUUUGAGUACCGACUUCUUCGCAGUGGCAGCAUUAUUAAUAUUGGUGAUAUUGUUCUUGUUUGGGCUUUGUUUUGCUGUUUGGUUGUAUAGGAAGCGGCAAAGACGCAAGACCAAUAUUACAUUAAAGCCAUACGACUGUGAAGAUGACUAUAGUCACGGUAUUGGGGAGAUUACUGAUGAAGGUACACAAUUGUUAAAGGAGGCCAAGGGUGCUAGUUUGAAGGAGAUAUUGUUGAGCAAUGUAAGUUUAAGGCCUUGGAAGGUUGCAACAGGUUUUGCAUUGGAAAUGAGGGUUUUGAGGGCUUUUUCAUUUAAAAAUGACGUCUUUUUUAUUUUUACGGUAGAAAUGACAUUUAAAAAAAUUUUAAUGCCAUUUUCUACACCACAUCAUUGCAGGAACACAUGAUGCAGCAUAUAUCAUCAGGCCAUUUUAGCGACGUUCACAGUAUGAACAUAGCCGAAGCCACAGGCAAUCGUAUCAUAGCCAAAGUGGCAGUGAAGCGAUACAAUGCCAGUGAUCUUGAUUGCUGGAUCAAUGAACAAGAAAUCUACGCAAUCAAAGCCCUCAGGCAGAAGCCUGAAAUCGUGGCAUUCAUUUGUGCUUUUAGGCAUGAUGACAAGUACUGGUUCGUCACCAAGUAUUAUGAGAAUGGCAGUGUCUACGAUUAUUUGAAGGUAUGAACAUUGAUUUUAAAAGUUUUUGAAAUGCCAUUGAUUGGGGUGUUCAUAUAAUUCUGUGCUCCUUCUCAAAGCAAAUUUCGGGGUUAGAGAGCACAUAAUUAUUUGAACAACCUAAUAUUAUGUAGGUUUAAUAUUUAUAGGAUUAUAUGGUUUAUACAGUUGUUUGAAGAAGCGAGGAGCCGCUAGGGGGUGGCUUUGCAAUACCUAUAGUUUUUUUGGAUUUAACUAUGCGUAAAUGAAUUUUUCUUGUUUUCAGGAGAAAAAGUUAGAUGUAGUAAAUGCUUCUAAAUUACUGGUGACAAUGUUAAGUGGAUUGGCAUUUCUACAUGAAGAAUUCUUCUUUGAAGGCGAGGUCAAACCAACUAUUGUUCAUCGGUAAGUUUUUAAAAGCAAAACUUAAGUUACGUUUUGAAUUCCCACCAAAUUUGCAUUGUGUUUCAACCUUAUAACUUUGCUAUUUUUGACUUUUAAUCAUUUUUGCUUAUAAUAUGAUAUUUUUAGUGACAUAAAAUCAAAGAAUGUCCUCGUAGACAGUGAUCACACCGCCUUGAUCGGCGACUUUUCUUUGUCGAUUAAGUGUGAGAACGGUCGAAUGGGAACGGAAGAGAACCAGAGUCAGGUGGGGACGAGAAGAUACAUGUCUCCAGAAGUGUUGGAAGGAGCGACAGAGUUCACGGGCUUCGCUUUCCAACAAAUAGAUGUAUAUGCAGCUGCGUUAGUAAUAUGGGAGGUGAUGUCAAGGACGUUGUUACCUGACUGUGUUGAUGGUAGGUUUUUUGGAAUAAUAGGGCAAGGCGGGGGGGGGAUACUGUAAUAUUUUCUUUAUCUGGGUUUUACUGUGGAUUUACCCUGACCAGAGACAUCGUUGGGCGGGGGUGAAUAGGGGUGGAUUUUACCUUGGCUUCCUUCAAUUAAUCUUGCUCUGCUAUACCAUUUUGGUAAAAUAAAAAACCUAAUUCAGACUCAGUACCCGAAUACAUGUUGCCGUACCAACAAGAGGCCGGCGAAGCCCCCACCCUCGGUAAAAUGCGUGAAAUCGUGGUAAUGGGAAGGAGUCGACCCAAAUCUCGACCAGCCCUAUUCGAGAACCCAAUCACCGGUCAAAUCAUGAAAACCAUGCAAGACAUGUGGGACAGUGAACCGGACGGUCGUAUCACUUCGAGCUGUGCUCGUGACCGUCUCGUCCACGUCUAUCAGAUGAGUUCGGGUGUUGUAGUGGAACAGGUCUACAAGAGCUCGGAACAGUACCAAUCGGGUACGUCGUUGAAUGGUACGAGUAGAGCGUGUUCGACGUCGGGAGCGGCGUCCGAGACAGGUGCAACGAUACCAAUAGGUCAACUACAGGCUGAGUACAACGAGCUACAGUCGUCGACGAAUACGUCGAUGACGGACUUUGAGAUAGCGCGAUGUCCGUAG